CCUAGCUACAGCAUCGGCCAAAGCCACGCCGACCUCCGCCACAUUCAGUAUCAACAUGCGGUCUACGGCAGUGGCGGUCUGGAACAUACUCUGGGCGCUGAUCUACGUGCAGGCCUGGGACUUGCCCACCGAUAUCUACCUUGACGAGAAUGACGUGUGCCGGGACGAUGGGGACAAGCCGUGGCGUUGCCGCAAUGCACGCGAGUGUGACGCCCUUUCGGAGCUCAUCAAAAACGGAGAGCUGACCGCGUGCUCGCUGGCCAACCACCGCAACCCACUGGUCUGCUGCCCUCCUCCCUCCGACCGCAUCACCCAGAGCAUCAGUCAACAGAAGUGCCAAGAGUACAAGGAAGCUCUAUGUUACCAGACCUUCGACUACAUCGAGCCCAACAAGCGACUCGCCGGCCGGCCUCCUUCUACGUUGCUAGAAAGUGCAUCGCCUGUCACUAACAACACAGAAGAGUUACCGGAUUGGUUGUUGGAAGCGGGUGAGGAGGCUCAGGACCAGGGUACCACAGUGACGCCACCCAGAGUGUCAGUGUAUGGCGGGGAGGCGGCCUGGGCGGGAGAACAUCCACACAUGGCAUUGGUUGGAUUUGGACCAGAAGUCAGAAUAUCCUGGCUGUGUGGAGGCUCUCUUAUUAGUGAGAGAUUUGUGCUGAGUGCAGCGCACUGUUCUGAGCCGGAAGGGCUAGGGAAGGCUCGGUGGGUAUUGCUGGGAGCUAUAGACAUCAGAGACAAGGACGGCCCAGACUCUGCUAUGCGGCAGCGGUACCAAAUAGUAGAACAUUACAUGCACGAAGAUUACCACAGUCCUCUAGUCUACAACGACAUCGUACUGUUCCGACUGGACAGGGACGUCGAGUUCACGUGGUUCGUGGCGCCUGCGUGUCUCUAUCAGGGACUAGCUGAGCCCAAGGGAAGGGCAGUGGUCACCGGGUGGGGCCGCAACGAGUCGGCUGGUCCUACUAUGCCAGUUCUACAAAAGGCAACCCUUUCCUUUCUGCCACCUGAAACGUGCAAGAAGAGAGUGGGGGUUAAUGAAGAGACGUUCCCGGAAGGUAUUCACUCACCUUCACAGCUCUGCGCCUGGGAACCCCGCAAGGAUACUUGCAAGGCGGACUCUGGUGGCCCAUUGGUGAAAGCUGAGAAGGACAGCUGUCUUGCUCAGCAAGUCGGCAUUACGUCAUUCGGACCAGUUCGAUGUGGGGAAACUGAAACCCCCGGCAUUUACGUCAGAGUGGCGUACUUCUUGCCUUGGAUAGAGUCUAUCGUCUGGCCUACACCUUGAUAGUUGUCAACUCUGUAAUAAUUAAGUCUACUUUUCUUGUAUUUCAUGUAUAUAUUUAAAUUGUUCAUUAUUAUGUCUUUUACACAAGUUUGUGUAAAAGAUUUUAACGAAUUUUUCUGACACAUCACUUAGAAUGCAUUGCUAUAGUUCAUAUAGUUUAAUUUACUUGAGUUUGUAAAAAUUAAAAAUUUGCACCAUUAAUUGUAAACUUUCCAAUGUAAAUUACUUACGAACAUAUUUACCAAAGAAGAAAUUUCUGUCAUACCUUUGAAAUUUAGAUUCGCCGAUCUUCCAAUAUGUUACACCAUUUCCAUUUUUCAAACUUUAAAUUAAUUUCAUGAUUCAUUAUUGGUAUGUGAAACAAAUGAGACAUCAAAAAACCAAAAACAAACUUAAAGAAUUCGUUGUUAUUAGCUUUCUAUUAUAAUGUUUUUGUAGUGCAUUUUCACCCAAUAUUUAAAUUAUAAAUAUUACUUCAUCAAACAAUUCAAUUAAAUGUCGUGUGACUUUUAAUGUUCUGAAUGUAAUUGUUGAUAGGAAUGAAAUGAUAAGAGUAUGUUUUGGAGAGUAUUUAAUCUUUAAUAAUGUAUAAAAAGUUUUGUUUUCGCUAUACAGUACACUAAAAAUUAUUGUUAUAACUAUCAUUAUUCCUGAUAGAAAAUUAUAAACUCGGCUCGAUGAUUAAAUGCUUAUAUCGGAUUUAUUGUAGUAAAUCGGUAUAAAUAAGUUCAAGCCUACAUUAACGAGAUUUUUGUUUUUGCCACUUUUACAAUACUACACUUCCUAACUGUAUCUCUGCUAUAAAAGAUAAAGCCCAUCCCGGUGCAGUAAAACCGUAUAAAAGGAUGUGAACAAUGUUUACAAAAAACAAACGCUGUCUCUAUGUAAAUGGGAUAACGGAGAUUUGUUCACUGAUCUAGUGUCAGUAGUUUCUAUUCCACAGAAUAUUUGCAUUCAUUUGGUGGGAUUUUAGUUGAAUUAUAUUUUUUUAACUUAUAAUAUUAUUACAUUGCUUCCAUUGCGAUGAAUAUACAUUUUUUAUGUUUGGUCCAGUAGCUUACACAAUAUUUAAUUAUAUACACAAUAAUCCUGCUCCGUCUACAUCGUAAGUGCACCCUAACUAUUGUAAAGAUCGUAAAAUACUGUAUUGUAUUUUAAAUAACAGUGGCUAAACUAUCUAUCACCCUCAUCUACAGCGUCAUUAGCCGUAAAGCAGGGAAUGGCCCUUCCUACGGAGAAUUAAAAACAAUGCAUAUUACUAAAUUGCUAUUACAAGCAAUUCAAUUUGAAACUAUUAAAGUUUUGUAGAACUGUAUUACAUGUUUAUUCCAGAGCCGGUUAUAUUGACUUGGAAAUUAAAUUGUGUUGCAUUAUAAUUUUGUAUAAGAAAAUAAAUAAUUUUAUUCUUACUCAGUUUAUUUACGUUAAUAAUGAAAAAAAUACUUAUUACCUGUGGUGAAGCAAUAUGAUUCAAGGUAAACUGUAAUAUAUACGUACAUUUAUGUAUAUAUUGCCUUAUUAUAACACUUAUACCGCGUUUUAUAUUGUAUUCCUUUUAGGUAAAUUCUAAGAACAUAACGCAUCGGAACUUUGAUACUACUUAAAAGAAAUCUCAAAAUUAUCUUUUCAUGCCAUUACGAAAGAGUAUGUAACCGCCUCCCAUUAAAAUUUAUUGCUCCAACAGAAGUAAAAAUAUAUCUCACAUGGAAGGCCACAUAAAAAGAAAGUAAUGACUGUCAAAUGUAGAUAUUUUCGCCUCUUUGAUACAAAAGAUUUAAAUUUACAAUAGUGUCUAUUUAGAAAGCGACAAAAAUUUUGUAACCUGUUGUCAUAAAAACUGAUUUUUAGUCAGAAAUAGAAAAUUUAUUACAAUUUUAGUGAAGUAUUCAAAUAUAUGCUUUCUUUUAAAUCUCUUAUUUAUACCUCGAAUUAAUUACUUUUAAAAGGUUAAGUCAAGUCGGUGUACAUAAUUUAACAACAUUUGGCAAUUUUAGUAGCAAUUAUAGUUAUUAAUAAAAAGCCUGCAACCAUU